GCUGGUUCCUGAGAACCACCCGAUCCACAUACAUUGCUUCGGCGAUUCCCUGCAGCAUGCGGAGGAGCUGAUUGCCCACUACCCCAGACUCCGCAUCGGUUUCACGGGUGCCAUCACCUUCUCAGACCGGCCAGGAAAGGGAAAACGCAAAGGCAAGAGCAAGGAGGAGCAGAGCAACGAGCUGAAGAAGGGUGAG